GCCCCACUUCCGGUUAUUGCUGGGGCCCGACAUCCGGUGUCCGCCCGCCCUCCGCUCCCGCCGCCGCCGCUGCCGCGAUGCUGUCCCGGUCUCGCUGCGUGUCUCGGGCAUUCAGCCGCUCGCUCUCCGCCUUCCAGAAGGGGAACUGCCCUCUAGGGAGACGUUCCCUGCCUGGGGUCUCCUUAUGUCAGGGACCAGGGUACCCUGACAGCAGGAAGAUUGUCAUUAACAAUAGUAGUGUCUUCAGCAUUCGCUUCUUCAGAACUACAGCUGUGUGCAAGGAUGAUGUGAUUACAGUCAAAACCCCAGCGUUUGCAGAAUCUGUCACAGAAGGGGAUGUCAGGUGGGAGAAAGCUGUUGGAGACACGGUUGCAGAAGAUGAAGUGGUUUGUGAGAUUGAGACUGACAAGACGUCCGUGCAGGUUCCAUCACCAGCAAACGGCGUUAUCGAAGCCCUGUUGGUGCCCGAUGGAGGGAAGGUAGAAGGAGGCACUCCCCUUUUUACGCUCAGGAAAACCGGCGCUGCUCCUGCUAAGGCCACGCCAGCUGAAGCCCCUCCUGCUGCAGCCCCAAAAGCAGAACCUGUAGCAGCAGCAGUUCCUCCUCCCUCUGCGGCACCCAUCCCCACUCAGAUGCCGCCGGUGCCCUCGCCCUCACAGCCUCCUGCCAGCAAACCGGUGUCUGCAGUAAAACCCACUGCUGCUCGUCCAGCAGCUGAGCCAGGAGCUGGUAAAGGUCUGCGUUCAGAGCACCGGGAGAAAAUGAACAGGAUGCGGCAACGCAUUGCCCAGCGUCUGAAGGAAGCCCAGAAUACAUGUGCGAUGCUGACGACUUUCAAUGAGAUUGACAUGAGUAACAUCCAGGAAAUGAGGGCCAGGCACAAAGACGCUUUUCUGAAGAAACAUAACCUCAAACUGGGCUUCAUGUCGGCAUUCGUGAAGGCCUCAGCCUUCGCCUUGCAGGAGCAGCCCGUUGUAAACGCAGUGAUUGACGAUGCAACCAAAGAGGUGGUGUAUAGAGACUACAUUGACAUCAGCGUCGCGGUGGCCACGCCACGGGGUCUGGUGGUCCCCGUCAUCAGGAAUGUGGAAACUAUGAAUUACGCAGACAUUGAGCGGACCAUCAGCGAGCUGGGGGAGAAGGCCCGAAAGAAUGAACUUGCCAUUGAGGAUAUGGACGGCGGUACUUUCACCAUUAGCAAUGGAGGCGUUUUCGGCUCCCUGUUUGGCACGCCCAUCAUCAACCCCCCGCAGUCUGCCAUCCUGGGCAUGCACGCGAUCUUCGACAGGCCCGUGGCCGUGGGAGGCAAGGUGGAGGUGCGGCCCAUGAUGUUCGUGGCAUUGACCUACGAUCACCGGCUAAUUGACGGCAGAGAGGCCGUGACUUUCCUUCGGAAGAUCAAGGCAGCGGUGGAGGACCCCAGAGUCCUCCUACUGGACCUUUAGGAGGAAGUCCCGCACCCGAUGCAUUGACCACGCAGGAACUGAAAACCGAAACCCGUCUGCUCCCUGCCCCCGCGUGGGUCCCGGGGAGCCUGGUGACAGACAGGCACAUGCUGCGGGCCUCCAGCCAGAGAGCCGGGGCACUCUGUAACCAGCAGCCACAGGUCCUUUCUUGGUGUUCCUACCGGGCUCUCUCCCUCCCUGCUCCCCCCUCGCAACACUCGAAUAUCUUAUUUCCUUAGGCUUGAGGGAGGGAGAGAGCCUUAACGGAUGCUCGUUGAUAUGCCUGCCUCUCUUCCAUUAGCCCUCUGCAGAGGUACUUUUGCUUCUCCCCUGUGCCAGUAUAUAUACCAUAGGGAAACCACUGGGGACCACGUGAUUGAGUUUCAGUCAUUUGAAAGAGUAUUCUCCCAGAGCUGCCUAGGAGAGUGCCGUGCCUCCCAGGCUCAGAGCAGCCUCUGCCCUGGCUGGCACAUUCUCACCUGAUUCCACCUGUGUGGAGGUUACUGACCACCGGCCAAGAGGUGCUGCUUUGCUUCUUAAAUGCACCUUCAUUCUCAGCUGUCAUUGACUUCAAGAUGCCUCUUCUACCUCUUCCAGGAAGCACAGGCCAGGGGUCUAGGGUGUUGGCAGUGUUGAGGGGGAGAGGGCAGAUUCCCCCUGAGGUCAGAAGUUGUAAACGAGGGAACAGACCCCAGGCCUGCCCUCACAGACUGUCAUAGCCUCACACCAGGAAGACCCGUUCUGGUCCAGUCACGCACGGCUGUGGCUGUGUCAACCUCUCCAGGUUGCUAGGAACCAUUCUAGCGCAUUGUUCUCAUUUAGAGCUGACUCCAGCACAUCACGGCGGCGGAGGGUGGGCCGGAGCCUGGUGGAGACGGUGAGGGAGGCUGCCCGUGCACUGGCUCAGAUCGACUUGAGCCUUCCACUCCUGUCGGUGUAAGCACGUGGACCGAAGGGGCCCUUCUGCUUCUUCCUGUAUCCUGUCCCUUAGGAAGGGGCCUUAGCUCUUCCUCUGCAGAACGCAGGUCUGGGGGAGGACAGACCGUGGUGGAAACCAGCCCGGGCACCUCCGAGGUGCUGCCCUAUGGGUCUGGACAGUCACUGGGAUUCUUGGAACGUGGUUAAAUGCACCUGUCUUGUGGAAAGCUACCGGGCUUCAUUGCUUUGAGUCCAACUGCAUUCAGGCCUGAGGCUACUGACACUUGACACCAGGAGCCGUUUUAAUGCCGAGUGCCCAUGUGUACCUUGAGGAAGGAGUGAGCCUGGGGGAUGGGGUGGAGGGAAGGGAUGGGAGCCAGUACUGAGUGCCUGCAGCAUCUACUAUGUCUUCACUAUUGAGAACUUGUAACUGAAAUAUUUAAAGAAACCGAUUUUAAAUGCAAAUUAAAGGGCAAAUGUUCGCAAACAGU